CACUGCCCUCAUAUAAAAGUGCUCACCACUCUCUCCCUAUCAGUCGUAUAGGUUCAGUCGUACAGACUACACAGUGUUUUGGAUUAGUUAUAUCUGCUUUGUUUACAGAAUCAGUUUGCGAGAUGGAUAGCCAACAGUUUAGGGAAUUUGGAAAAGCUGCCAUUGACUACUUGGCUGAAUAUUAUGAAACCGUCCGUGACAGGCCUGUUCUCCCCUCUGUCAACCCAGGAUAUCUUCGUCCUCUGGUUGCAGAUUCUAUCCCGGAGGAUGGCCAAUCCUGGCAGGAUAUCCUGAAGGAUAUGGACACAGUGGUGAUGCCAGGGGUAACACAUUGGCAAGCCCCAGGAUUCCACAGUUACUACCCUACAGCAAGCUCAUUCCCUUCCAUAAUCGGUGAAUUGAUGAGUGCUGGACUAGGAGUUAUGGGCUUUAGCUGGAUGACAAGCCCAGCUUGUACUGAGCUAGAGAUGGUCAUGAUGGACUGGUUGGCCAAGGCAAUGGAUUUACCCACAGACCUUCUUAACAGCUCCGAUUCUGAAGGAGGAGGCUGCUUACAGGGUUCUGCUAGUGAGGCAACUCUGAUGGGACUGCUGGUUGCUAAGGAGAAAGCUGUCCGCCGUUUACAGAAGGAACACCCAGAGCUGUCCGAGCAGGAUAUCAAAGCUAAGUUGGUGUGUUACUCAAGCGACCAGUCCAAUAGCUCAGUGGAGAAGGCGGGAAUGUUGGCAUCAGUGCCAAUGAGACUACUGCCGGCUGAUGAGAACGGAAGCCUCCGUGGCGAGACUGUUCGUCGAGCCAUUGAGGAAGAUAUUAGCAAAGGCCUAAUACCUUGCUAUCUGGUGGCCAACUACGGCACAACAGCAACUUGUGCGUUUGACAACCUUGAUGAAAUCGGCCCAGUGUGUCAGGCGCACAACGUGUGGCUCCACCUGGAUGCAGCCUACGCAGGCGUAGCUCUCAUCUGCCCCGAGCUGCGACACUACAUGCCUUCCCUACACCACGCAGACUCCAUGGUGACCAACCUUCACAAGUGGCUGCUUGUCAACUUUGACUGCUCUGCUAUGUGGUUCAAGAGUUGCCGAGACAUUGUGGAGGCAUUCACUGUUGAGAGGAUCUACUUGGCUCACCGCCCCAACACUGAAGCCCCAGAUCUCAGAAACUGGCAGAUCCCUCUGGGCCGCCGUUUCCGUUCCCUAAAGAUUUGGUUCACUCUGCGAACUUAUGGUCUAAAGGGGCUUCAGCAACACAUCCGUAACCAUGUCGCUCUUGCUGGCGAGUUUGAGAAAAUGAUUCUUGCUGACUCUCGUUUUGAACUCGCAUCUCCUACAUGCAUGGGCCUGGUCUGCUUCAGAGCUAAGGGAGAGAACAGCCUGAGUACGUCCAUCGUGGAGGAGCUCAACAGAAGAAAGAAGGUCUACAUGAUUCCUGGCAAGUUGAUGGAUUCUAUCUUCAUCCGCUUCGUAGUUUGCAGUCCUUCCACGACUGUAGAUGAUGUGAAGAACUGUGUGGAUGAAAUAAUUGCGGCCACUGACAUCGUGAUGGAACAGCAAAAAGAAAAUACCAACUCAGGGAACAAAAUAAUGGAGCAACACCCAUUGAAGAAGAUUUCAGAGGAAAAAGUUGAAACCGUAGUGAACGGCUUGAAUGGAAUCCAUAUCAAUGGCUUUAGCAAAGAAGAAAAGCCGUCAUUCUGCACACCGCGGCUCAACAUCGCUAAUGUUGCCAGGAGUUAGGUUAAGUCAACAAGCUGUUCAACAGCGGAUGGUUAAUGUUUUUCCUAUAUAGGUUAACUUGUAAAUUUUUGAACAUAUUGUACAUUUAGUUGUGAAUCUGUUUGUAUAAGCUAUUGAAUUUGUUGUGAUAAGUAUUAUUUAGGGACUUAAAUUGUGAUCUUAGUCAUAAGUGUUUAUAUUGUAUUAACAUUUUUGUGAAAUGCUUUCAAACCAUUGUAGGUUAAACUCGACACACUACAUUGUAGAUUUAUAGGCUGAACGUUUAAGUAUUCAGGUAACAAUAGUUUUGAGUAUUUAUUUUUCUAUUAAAAUGAAAUUGCUAUACAAGUUUUGAAUAUUACUUAAUUGUACAUUUGAAAUGCUUGCGCUGAAUAUAUACCUCGUUUAAUAAAGUAUUUAGUUAA